AUGGCGGCGCCCUUGCGCAAGUGCUGAGAAAGUGUCUCUACAGAGAAACAGUGAGAAAUAUCAGGUUUGCUGCACAUUUUUACUGUCAUCUGAUUGUGAAAGGUGAUAGCAGGUGCACAAAACGAGAUCCACGACCGAGCCAUCGAUUGCAAUAACAGCGCUUGGCGUGGCUCUGGCAGAACGUCUGUGCGAAGAUGGGCCUCCAUCCGAGCCCCUACCCCUAGCGAAAAGUGGACGGGGGGAGAACAAUCGCAGAUUUCCCUGCAAACACAUCCCGGUCGAACUUGGACUUGACGGCUUUCACUUUUUGCAGAAAUUGUGGACGCUGCCAUAUAACUUGCUGACGGGAGUUAUCUGCGCGACCGCCUCUGUCAUCGUUCGGAGAAGCAGGAGUUCCCCAGCUCGUGGUGUGCAGAUAACAGCCGCGCCAAGGGCCCUGAUGAAAAUGGACACGGAGCUACUCCACUCCCCUGUAGUGGGACUGGCGGAGGAGGAGGAGGCCGACAUGAGCGACUGGAACCUGCCGCUGGCCUUCAUGAAGAAGCGCCACUCGGAGAAGAUUGAGGGCUCCAAGGCGUUGGCACAGAGCUGGAGGAUGAAGGACAGGAUGAAGACGGUGAGUGUGGCCCUGGUGCUUUGUCUCAACGUGGGAGUGGACCCCCCAGACGUGGUCAAGACCUCGCCCUGCGCCAGGCUGGAGUGCUGGAUCGACCCAUUGUCCAUGAGUCCACAGAAGGCCCUUGAAACCAUCGGGGCCAACCUCCAGAAGCAAUACGAGAACUGGCAGCCUCGGGCGCGCUACAAGCAGAGUCUGGACCCCACGGUGGACGAAGUGAAGAAGCUGUGUACGUCGCUGCGGCGCAACGCCAAGGAGGAACGCGUGCUCUUCCACUACAACGGCCACGGCGUGCCCCGGCCCACCGUCAACGGGGAGAUCUGGGUCUUCAACAAGAACUACACGCAGUACAUCCCCCUCUCCAUAUACGACCUGCAGACCUGGAUGGGCAGCCCCUCCAUCUUUGUGUACGACUGCUCCAACGCCGGCAUCAUCGUCAAGUCCUUCAAACAGUUUGCCCUGCAGAGGGAGCAGGAGCUGGAGGUGGCGGCCAUCAACCCAAACCACCCUCUGGCUCAGAUGCCUCUGCCCCCCUCCAUGAAAAAUUGCAUCCAGCUGGCAGCGUGUGAGGCCACUGAGCUGCUGCCCAUGAACCCUGACCUCCCCGCUGACCUCUUCACCUCCUGCCUCACCACGCCCAUCAAGAUCGCCCUGCGCUGGUUCUGCAUGCAGAAGAGUGCCAAGCUCGUGCCAGGGGUGACGCUGGACCUGAUUGAGAAAAUACCUGGCAGGCUGAAUGACAGACGAACACCACUCGGAGAGCUGAAUUGGAUCUUCACGGCGAUCACAGACACCAUCGCAUGGAACGUUCUGCCCAGAGACCUCUUUCAGAAGCUCUUCCGGCAGGACCUGCUGGUGGCCAGCUUGUUCCGUAACUUCCUGUUGGCCGAGAGGAUAAUGAGGUCCUACAACUGCACGCCAGUCAGCAGCCCAAGGCUCCCGCCAACCUACAUGCAUGCUAUGUGGCAGGCCUGGGACCUGGCGGUGGACAUCUGCCUCUCGCAGCUCCCCACCAUCAUCGAGGAGGGCACCGCCUUCAGGCACAGUCCCUUCUUCGCUGAGCAGCUGACGGCCUUCCAGGUGUGGCUCACCAUGGGCGUGGAGAACAGGAACCCCCCGGAGCAGCUCCCCAUCGUCCUGCAGGUCCUCCUGAGCCAGGUGCACCGCCUCCGAGCGCUGGACCUCCUCGGCCGUUUCCUGGACUUGGGACCAUGGGCCGUCAGUUUGGCCCUGUCGGUGGGGAUCUUCCCCUACGUGCUGAAGCUGCUGCAGAGCUCGGCGCGCGAGCUUCGUCCACUGCUGGUCUUCAUCUGGGCCAAGAUCCUGGCCGUGGACAGCUCCUGCCAAGCUGACCUUGUGAAGGACAACGGGCACAAGUACUUCCUGUCCGUACUGGCGGACCCCUAUAUGCCUGCGGAGCACCGGACCAUGGCUGUGUUCAUUCUGGCCGUCAUAGUCAAUAACUACAACACAGGCCAGGAGGCCUGUCUCCAGGGCAACCUGAUUGCCAUUUGCCUGGAGCAGCUGAACGACCCGCACCCGUUGCUGCGCCAGUGGGUGGCCAUCUGCCUGGGCCGCAUCUGGCAGAACUUCGACUCGGCGCGCUGGUGCGGCGUCAGGGACAGCGCGCACGAGAAGCUCUACAGCCUGCUCUCCGACCCCAUCCCUGAGGUGCGCUGCGCGGCCGUCUUCGCUCUGGGGACCUUCGUGGGCAACUCAGCCGAGCGGACGGAUCACUCGACCACCAUCGACCACAACGUGGCCAUGAUGCUGGCACAGCUCAUCAACGAUGGCAGCCCGGUGGUCCGCAAGGAGCUGGUGGUGGCGCUGAGUCACCUGGUGGUCCAGUACGAGAGCAACUUCUGCACUGUGGCCCUCCAGUUCAUGGAGGAGGAGAAGAGCUACGCGGUGCCCUCGCCCGCCAACACUACAGAGCCGGGGAAUCUGACCCCAGUGAAGGACAGCCCGGCCAUCCCCCGCCUGCGCUCGGUCAACUCCUACACCAACAUCCGUGCCGCCACCACCGCACGCAACCUCAACAAGAGCCUCCAGAACCUCAACCUCAACGAAGAAGGUGGUCCGGUGGUCUUCUCCCCGGGGAACUUGAGCACCAGCAGCAGCGCCAGCAGCACGUUGGGCAGCCCGGACAACGACGAGUACAUCCUGUCCUUCGAGACCAUCGACAAGAUGAGGAGGGUCAGCUCCUACUCCUCCCUCAACUCCCUCAUCGGUGUGUCGUUCAACAGCGUCUACACCCAGAUCUGGAGGGUCCUCUUGCACUUAGCGGCCGACCCCUUCCCCGAGGUGUCCGACCUGGCCAUGAAGGUCCUCAACAGCAUCGCGUACAAGGCUACCAUGAACGCCCGGUCGCAGAGGAUCCUGGACUGCGGCUCGUCCACACAGUCGGCCCCGGCCAGCCCCACCAGCAAAGGCACGCACAUACACCAGGCUGGUGCGCCCCACAGAUCCAAACGCUGUUCAUCUCCUUCCAGUGGCUCCCCACCCAUGCCCAGUGCCAGCAGCUCCAGCCUGACCAAUGAGGUGCCCAAGCCCCCCGCCCGCGACGCACCCCCUGCCCGGCCCCCCUACACGCCGACACUGGGGGGCCAGGCUCCCCACUCGCACCAGUUCCCCCGUACCCGCAAGAUGUUUGAUAAAGGGCCCGACCAGGCGGCGGAGGAUGGAGACGACCCGACCCCACACAGAAACUACAUCAGCACCACCAUGCAGACAGGCCUGUGUGACUGGAGCGCCAAGUACUUCGCUCAGCCCGUCAUGAAGAUUCCAGAGGAGCACGACGUGGAGAGUCAGGUGCGGAAGGAGCGGGAAUGGCGUUUCCUGCGGAAUGCUCGCGUGCGGAGGCAGAGCCAGCGCAUCACGCAACGGGGUGUGUCUCGGCUAGACGACCAGAUCUUCAUCAACCGGAACCCUGGCGUUCCGUCAGUGGUCAAGUUCCACCCCUUCAACCCCUGCAUUGCUGUGGCCGAUAAGGACAGCAUAUGCUUUUGGGACUGGGAGAAGGGAGAGAGGCUUGAUUACUUCUACAACGGCAACCCUCGCUACACACGCAUCACAGCCAUGGAGUAUCUGAAUGGACACGACUGCUCACUCCUGCUCACAGCAACCGAUGACGGAGCCUUGAGAAUCUGGAAGAACUUUGCCGACCAGCGGAACCCAGAGAUGGUGACAGCCUGGCAGGGUCUAUCUGACAUGCUACCCACUACAAGAGUGGGAGUUGCUGGACAUCAGGGAACUGGUCUAGCGCGACGUGUCUCCAUCUAUCUUGACAGGAGUAAGCAGGGAGGUGCUGGCAUGGUGGUGGACUGGGAGCAAGAGACGGGUCUGCUGAUGACGUCAGGAGACGUGCGCAUCAUCAGGAUCUGGGACACCGAGAGGGAGACGAAGGUUCAGGACAUCCCAACCGGAGCGGACAGCUGUGUGACCAGCUUGUCGUGUGACCCCCAGCGCUCCCUCAUCGUGGCUGGCCUGGGCGACGGUUCAGUGAGAGUGUACGACCGGCGAAUGGCUCCCAACGAGUGUCGAGUGAUGACGUAUCGGGAACAUGGUGCCUGGGUGGUCAAGGCCCAUCUACAGAGGGAGACGGAUGGCCACAUCAUCAGUGUUAGUGUAAACGGAGACGUACGUUUCUUCGAGACGCGUGUACCAGAAUCUGUGAACGUGCUGCAAACAGUGAAGGGUCUGACCGCGCUGGACAUUCAUCCACAGGCCAACCUGUUUGCUUGUGGCUCCAUGAACCAGUUCAUAGCCGUGUACAACUCCAGCGGCGACGUCAUCAGCAACAUCAAGUACUACGACGGCUUCAUGGGCCAGAGGAUCGGGGCCAUCAGCUGCCUGGCCUUCCACCCCUAUUGGCCCCACUUGGCCGUGGGCAGUAACGACUACUACAUGUCCAUCUACUCGGCCGAGAAAAGGCUCAGAUAACACCGCGGCAACACCCAGGCCCCCUCCCAGAUGCUGAGAACACACAUACACCACCACCACCACCCUUCUACCCUGGAGCCAGGAUGUAAAUGACUUCUGAUGUACAUAUGCAAAACUACCACCCUGAAUGUCCAGUGAUGGCUGCUCUAUCUCUCAUGUGAUGACGACCUAUAUUAUUAUUAUUAUUAUUAUUGUUAUUAUUAUGAUCGUUACUACUAAGCAUUAUUUUGGAGCUAAUGAUUGUAGACUUUGGCUGUGCUGAAGAGUGUACAUUGAAUUUGCAUAAUAUAAUGUUGAAAGAGCUAGAGGUUCUAUUUUAAAAGGUACAACCUGCGUGUGAGGGGGGUCUAAGCGCAGACUCGCCUCCGCCAGUGUUCCGGCCUGUUUGAUUUGAACUCUGACCCUGCUUGAACCCGUGACCUGUGUGGUGAAAAGGGGGUGUGAAGGAGAGCAAAAGAAACGGACAUAAAAAGAAAAAACGGAGGCGUGAAGAGGUGGAAUGGAGCUGUGAGAGACUCCAGGGCGAGACCGGGUGGAUGGCCGCUGAUGUGCCUGAGUGCUCAAGGUGUGGCCUGCCUACCUGGCCUGCUGCCGCUGCUGCUGCUGCUGUGGAAGAUGGAGGCCACCUGUGUUUCAGGUGGUGGUUGUACACACACACACACACACACACACACACACACACACACACACACACACACACACACACCUAUGAUGGGUCCCAAAGCCCUAUCAAUCAUCAAACCUCCUGUCUGUUUACACACACACUUGGUCACAUCUCACUCACAGACAGAGACAGACAGACAGACAAACACACACACAUUCACUCUUCCACACACACAGGCACUCUCUCUCUCACACUCACACACAGUGCCAAACCAAGCAUCUCCCCACCCCUCCCUCUUCACCACCUCGGCUCUUUGAUGCAUAGGGCCGCUCGUCCUGAGGUGGACCUGCCCGCUGUUACCCUCCGAAGCCUCCGUGGAGGCUGGGGGUCACUACCUAUCUUCCUGUGUGCCCUGCUAAGCAAUAAGGACCCCAGGGUUGAGACUGACACGCUUCAACUGGAGCACCUCACUUUAAAAAUCAAAAUGGACUUGGGCCUGACAGAGGACUCUGACAAUAGCACCCACUGCAUCAUAGCUGUGAAGAUCACAAGCUUUGAUCUUUUUUUUUUUUUUUAUGAUCCUGCUGGUCAUAGCGCAUUUUGUUAGAAUCCAAGCUGUGGCUGUGUUUUGAUGACGUUCACUGCUGACCACAUGGUCUGCUUUUGUCUGACUGACUGAGGGACCGACUGAUGUGGCCUGUUUUUGGGUCGUCCAAUGGCUGGUCAGGACUGCUAGAGGAUCCGAAGGCCGACCAGCUGACACAAUAAGCACCAGGACCAUGCAGCCUCAUAACCUGUCCCUA